ACAAGUCACAAUCGCGUUCUCUCUGUUUUUAAUGAUUCGAUUGUAUAUACGUAUACUACAUACAAGGAUGCAUUCAAAGAGCGCGCAUUUGUGCAAUACUAUCCUUGUCUCAUGCCUAAUGGACAAUGAAGAUUGAAUGAUGCAAAUAGUGCUAAUAACGUCUUCCCGAAUGCAGCCUUAACCAUCUUUUUACCGUAUGAUUUUAUAAGUCUCGACACUCGACAAGUCACUCAACGAGUCCAAACCAAACGAGGCGGACGUGUUUCUUUCUAAUCUAACUAUUGCAUCGUCCAUUUAAGGAUUUUUUCCAGUUUGUAGUGAUCGGUGAAUCGCGUUUAUUUAUUAUAAGUUCUAUUUUUCGACAUUUGAACAUCAGUGGGCUAGUCUCAGCCGAUUUAUCUAUCAGUUGCGGGACAAUUCAAAGAGGAAGAUGGUAUAUAAUUUCUUCGUGCAUGUAUGCUAUAUACUGCCAUAGUUGUUAUACACAUGCUACUUGUCUAAGCCUACGUCAACAUUACUACAUGAUAUGAACUCGUAGUUUGUCGUUUUGUCUCCAAGGACUCUGAGAGAGAUGUGACUAAGAGCCGAUCAUUAAAUCCUGUCGCUCAGAAAUGAUGAAUUCGUCAAUGCAAAGCAGUGGCGAAAAUGAUGGAGGAGAUAAUGACAGAAUUGAUGUUUAUGAUGAGGACGAUAGAGAAAGGCUGAUUAAGCCGAGGAAUAAUUUUGCAUCGUAUUCGAACGAGGAUAUCGACGUGCGAUUCCGGCCUAGAAUUUUUUUCUUUAUUGUGUCAACACAGAGCAUCGCUAACAUGAACAUAACAUGCAGUGAUAUAGACGCUAUCUCAGGUCAAUCCAAAAGACUAUAUAUCAGAGAUAUAACCCCAGGAGCAACUAAUUUCUUGUCAACUAAUUAUGAGAGUCUGGAUUAUGACCCUUGUGAAAAUUAUCUUCUACAAGAUGAGGAGAGGAAGAAAGGAUACAAAUUUAUCGUUAGAAAGAACUUUGCCAGGUGGUUUAUCUUUCUCUUAAUCGGAAUUUGUACUGCUCUCAUAGCGUGCUUUGUAGACAUACUGAUAGAAGAAUUAUCCAGCCUAAAAUAUGGUUGGCUUAAGAAAUAUGUGGACCAUUGUGUGAUGCAAGGUUGCCUUUGGUUACCAUACAUGAUGUGGUUAGUGCUAAAUGUAGUACCAGUUUUCAUAGGUGCUGUCUUAGUAUCCUAUAUUGAACCUGUUGCUGCAGGGAGUGGUAUUCCACAAGUGAAAUGUUAUUUAAAUGGAAUCAAAAUACCACGAGUUGUGCGUAUUAAAACUCUGGCUGUGAAAACUAUUGGUGUUAUAUGCACUGUAGUCGGAGGCUUAGCAGGAGGCAAGGAAGGUCCUAUGAUCCAUUCUGGUGCCGUCGUAGCCGCAGGGAUUUCUCAGGGUAAAAGUACUACUUUUAAGAAAGACUUGAAAAUAUUUGAAUACUUUAGAGAGGAUCAUGAGAAACGAGAGUUUGUGUCCGGAGGCGCUGCGUCUGGAGUAUCGGCGGCUUUCGGAGCACCCAUCGGUGGAGUCUUGUUCAGUAUAGAAGAGGGUACUAGUUUUUUCAAUCAAAGCCUCACAUGGAGAACUUUCUUCGCCAGCGUGAUCACUACGUUCACUUUAAACGUGAUCUUGAGCGCUUACCACGGACAUCCUGGAGAUCUUUCGUAUCCGGGCUUGUUGAAUCUAGGAAAAUUCAACUCAAUCCCAUAUGAAAUCUACGAGAUACCUCUGUUCAUGCUAAUGGGCACGUUUGGCGGACUACUCGGUGCUUUUUGGAAUCACGUGAAUUAUAAGAUUACUUGCUUUCGUUUGCGAUUUGUGACACAAAAGUGGCAAAAAGUCAUUGAGGCUAUUCUGGUGGCGAUAUUAAGCGCAACGAUGGGAUCUCUAAUGAUAUACUUUGUCAAUGACUGUAAACCAUUGGGUAAUGACCCCACCAAGUAUCCAGUUCAAAUGUAUUGCGCAGAGGGGCAAUACAAUGCAGUCGCCUCUUUAUGGUUUCAAACUCCAGAAAGCAGUGUACGAUCCUUAUUUCACGAUCCUAAAGGAGCUCACGAUGAUCUGACGCUAGCUAUCUUUGUCGUAUUGUAUUUUUUUCUCGCUGCCACGACUUUCGGCUUAUCGAUGUCAAGUGGCCUCUUCAUUCCCUCUCUAUUGAUUGGAUCUGCUUGGGGUAGAUUAAUUGGAUCGGCUCUCGCGAAGCUGUGUCCACAUUGUGAAGUAUUAGAUCCUGGCAAGUAUGCUUUACUAGGUGCUGCUGCGCAAUUAGGAGGAGUAGUUAGAAUGACUAUAAGUUUAACCGCAAUCUUAAUAGAAGCAACUCAGGGAAUAUAUUUUGGUUUGCCUGUUAUAAUAGUCCUUAUAAUGGCAAAGUGGAUUGGCGAUUUCUUUAAUGAGGGAAUUUAUGAUAUUCAUAUACAAAUGGCAGGAAUUCCAUUGCUUCCAUGGGAGCCGCCUCCGCUCUCGAAUAAUAUUUAUGCAACUGAGAUAAUGAGUCAUCCUGUCGUGACUUUGAAAACUGUUGAAAAUGUCGGACAUAUUGUCGAACUUUUGAAAUGCGUUACAUUCAAUGGAUUUCCGGUAGUUGACCCACCAAGUAGCGAUCAGGCCGAGAUAAAUUCGUACGGUCGACUCCGAGGUCUAAUACUGCGUUCUCAAUUAAUAGUACUUUUAAAAAAUAAGGUAUUUAACGAGUACGAAGAAUUUUGGGAGAAACCUUUAAGUAUAAAUAUGUUCAGAAAUGAGUAUCCUAGGUAUCCAACCAUCGAGCAAGUCGCCAUCACUGAUGAAGAAAAAACUUACACAAUUGAUUUGAGACACUUCAUGAAUCCUUCCCCUUAUACAGUACAACACUCUGCCACACUGCCAAGAACAUUCAGACUCUUUAGAGCGUUAGGAUUACGUCAUGUACCGGUAGUAAAUGAUAUCAACGAGGUAAUUGGUAUUAUCACUCGAAAAGAUGUUGCCAGAUUCAGGAUAUGGAGACAUCGUGGGAAAAUGGGAUUAGAUGAACUUUUAAUCACUAACAAAAUUUAAUUUUUUCAGAACUCUUCAGAAUUUUUCUCAAAUUUUAUCACAUUAGGAUUUGGUAGUGUUCGUUACAUUUCGUGUAUUUUAUCAGGUACAAAUUUCAAGUUUAUAUAUGUACAUAUAUUGUUAACGAAACUCGAAAAUAAUUUAACAGAUUAUAUGUAGAAAUAAUGCAUAAUUGCAUUAAAGAAAAUGUGUCAAGAUUUUUUUAUACAAUUUGUAUGUGUGUGUGCGUGCGUGCGUGCGUAUAUUUGUGCAUACGCAACUUGGUGACAUCACAUUUAGCUUAUAUUUUGGUAAUAUCAAAUUUUAAUUAUUCACAAAUAAUUCCCAUCCAAGCCAUGACCAAAGUUUAAAGAAGAGAUAUACAGGUAGAAUGACUAACAGUAACAGAAAAUAGUAUUCAUAGGAUGAUAUGUACAUGUCGAAAGGUGGUAUUUAGCUGAUAUUUUAUCCUGUCGUUCAAUUUUCUAAGAGAUUCUAUUAUUUAUUUAAUAUACUAUAAAUUUAUAUACG